ACACACUGACGCUCCAUGUUCUGCGGUGAAUUGGCAGUGGAGAGGAUCUCAGGUAGGAUUGCAAAAGGAAUGUGUCACCUUUCUGUAGGUUGGACCAAGGCAGGGGGUGGGGCCUGGCUUUUGACAGAGAGUUGCAGAGUUGUCUCUGCUUCCUGGAGUACAGGCACAUACUGCCUUACCGGGACCAGGGGAGUAGCUCUGACGGUCUACAGAAUGUUUCAUUGCUGCCUCCUUGCUCUGCUGUGGAUAUCAUGUACAAUAGACACAGGUGUGGCAGAGGAGUGUGGCGAGUUCACUGACUUGGGUCUCCAUCACUCCAUCGUGGGCACCAGCCUGGACAUCCAACUCCUCCUGUACACCCGCGCCAACUUCACCUGUGCCCGCGUGCUGAGCCACCUCAGCCCCUUCUCCCAGCCAGAGCUGAAUGCCAGCCGCCCCACCGCCUUCAUCAUCCACGGGUACCGGCCCACCGGAUCGCCCCCGGGCUGGUACGAGCAGCUGGCGCAUCUGCUGCUGGAGCGAGACGACCUCAAUGUCAUCGUGGUGGACUGGAACCGCGGCGCCGCCACCCUUAACUACUUUGCCGCGGUGAAGAACACACAGAAGGUGGCCGACAACAUGACUGCCUUCAUUCUGAAGAUGCAGGAGCAUGGCUCACCUCUGAGUGCGUUCCAUCUGAUCGGUGUGAGUCUGGGAGCUCACGUCUCAGGUUUCGUCGGAGCCAACCUCAACGGCUCCAUCGGAAGGAUCACAGCACUGGACCCAGCUGGGCCUGAGUUCACAGGCAAGCCCGCCGAUAAACGCCUGGACCCCACAGAUGCUCAGUUUGUGGAUGCCCUUCACACGGACAUGGAUGCGCUGGGCUUCCGGAAGCAACUGGGCCACAUAGACUUCUACCCCAAUGGAGGAGGAGAUCAGCCAGGAUGCCCCAGGCAUAUUUUUGCUGGUUCAGCCUAUUUUAAAUGUGACCACCAGAGGUCAGUGUACCUGUUCAUGAACUCGAUCAACAGGACGUGUGACAUGAUUGCCUACCCAUGUGAAUCCUACACGGACUUCCUUGAUGGGAAAUGUAUGGGAUGUGAUAAGUUCCAGGGUGAAGGCUGUCCAGUGUUAGGUUACGAUGUCAUCAAGUGGAAAGACACACUGGUAAAGCUGAGACAAACAAAGACCUUCUCAAGCACAAACAACUGGUCCCCAUUCUGCAAAACCAGCUACAAGGUGGACAUUGUGACAUGGAACCAUGAGACCCGCUGGGGGUUUUUGACGCUGAAACUGCACAGUAAAGAUCAGGAGACCGUGGCAAAGAUAGACCAUAAAGCAGCUGAGUUUAUAUUCUACACAGAGAAAACGCUGCUGGCCCAGUUUGACAGAGACCUUCAGCCUGUGGAGCGUGUCACCCUCAGCUUCUCGACAGGAAAUGCCCUGAAGCCGCGUUACAAGCUGCGUGUGCUCCGCAUCCGCCUCACACCCCUGCACAGCUCUAACAGGCCACUGUGUCGACAUGACCUUCUGCUGGAGGAGAACAAAGAGGUGACCUUCAGGCCCAUCCCCUGUGAAGACUCCAACUUCUGAGCCCUUCUGGAGACCCAGCUCCGCAGGGCCAGUAUAGGAAAACAAAGCUGGGUUUUCCCCGUCGCACUCUGAGCCACCAGUCUGCUCCACAUCACUCUCUACUGCCCUCUGUAGGCCUGGUCUAACCCCUGCAACCUUCACUGACCCACCUGUGUCAAGCCACCACGGCCCUGAAUCAGAAGCCAAUAGACAGCCACACAAGAACAUGUGUCUGUCAUAAGAGCCUGUGACUUCAUUGACUUCUAUAUCACACCUUUGGAGCUCAAAUGACACUCAAAAAAGCAGGCCUGUAAAAACAGCCCCUCUGUCUAAUAAACAAGAGGGGGGGGGGGUGCAGUAACUGGACCUUUGAUCUGCAUCUUGCCAUGGCACAUGCAGAUCUCAUACUGUAGAGUGGACAUGUGCUGUAUUAGGAAUUUUCAAAAGUAAAUAAUGUACAUACUUUUAAGUUUUGUAAGUAUUUUUUAAAUAUUUUUUAAUACAUUUUUUUAUGUAUUCUCUUUUUAAAUAAUUUAUUCGUUUAGUCUUGUCUUACUUUCCCUGUGUGUGCAAGAAUUGUUGUCUUCAUUUAGACUUGCCUUUGCCUAAAAACUUGAAUAGGGACUGACUGAAAUGGUCCUAAAUGUUAGACUGUUUUGCCCCUUUUAAAAUGUUUUUGUCUGACAGGCAAUUGCCCGACUUGCCUGGUCUCCAUAGAACCCUUCCUCUAUGAAGGCAACAUUUUAAACAAGCUUAUAUGUUUGUAUGUAGUAAAUGUAUGAAUAAAUUAAUCUUUAUACAUUUUUAUACAAA